UACAAAAGUUGGUAAGUCAUAAGUGUUAUUCAAAAGUUUCUUGCGAAUCUACGCUGAUGAUGACAAACAGUAAACGACAGUAGCAGAAAAUGAUAUUGAAAUUAAAAAUGCAAUAUGUAUAUUAAACAAUACGCAGACAGCAAAACACGCCACCCGCCUUUACGCUGUAGCUGUUUACCAUGGGAGACGCAGCGAGCACCGCAGAGGAUAGUUUGCUACUGCCUCUGCCUGUCGAUAUAGUUGAGAGAGUGACAUGGAGAGAUCUACGAGAUGGAUCAUUCAUCGAAGAACUCAAGAGGCUUAUCUGCUUUGCGGCUCCUAUGGCUGCUGUUGUUACCGCUCAGUUCAUGUUGCAGAUCAUCUCAAUGAUGAUGGUGGGUCACCUCGGCAAUCUCUCCCUCGCUGGCGCUUCCCUUGCUUCUUCAUUCUGCAACGUCACUGGCUUCAGCCUCAUCUUAGGAUUGGCAUGUGCCCUGGAUACUCUCAGCGGUCAAGCUUUUGGAGCUAAGCUAUAUCGGAAACUAGGUGUUCAGACAUACACAGCUAUGUUCUGUCUCGCAUUAGUGUGUCUCCCUCUCUCUCUCAUUUGGUUCAACAUGGAAAAGCUUCUUGUAUUCCUUGGCCAAGACCCUUCAAUCGCACAUGAGGCAGGAAAUUAUGCAGCUUGGCUCAUCCCAGGACAAUUUGCUUACGCCGUUAUACAGCCGCUCACUCACUACUUCCAAAACCAGACCUUGAUCACACCUCUCCUCAUCACCUCUUGUUUUGUGUUAUGUCUCCACGUUCCUCUCUGCUGGCUUCUGGUUUAUAAGUCAGGACUUGGUAAUCUUGGAGGAGCCUUGGCUCUCAGUUUGUCAAACUGGCUCAACGCCAUUUUCCUUGGAUCUUACAUGUGCUACUCCUCUGACUGUUCUGAAACACGCGCUCCACUCUCCAUGGAGAUAUUCGACGGCAUCGGAGAACUCUUCAAAUAUGCUCUUCCUUCUGCGGCUAUGCUUUGCCUAGAGUGGUGGUCAUAUGAACUCAUAAUAUUACUCUCUGGUCUCUUACCCAACCCAGAACUGGAGACAUCUGUGCUCGCUGUCUGUCUCCAAACAACUGCGACAAUCUAUUCGAUACAUCUUGCAAUCGCAGCUGCAGCAAGCACAAGAAUCUCAAAUGAAUUAGGUGCAGGAAACUCUCGAGCAGCACAUAUCGUGGUCUAUGCAGCAAUGUUUCUUGCAGUAGUGGAGCCAUUGAUAGUGAGUACAUCUCUGUUGGUCAGCAAGAACGUUUUCGGCCAUAUUUUCAGCAGUGACAAGGAAACCAUCGACUAUGUUGCAAAGAUGGUUCCAUUGGUCUCUAUUUCUCUCAUACUGGACAGUUUACAAGGGGUUCUUUCAGGAAUUGCAAGGGGAUGUGGGUGGCAGCAUAUAGGGGCUUACAUAAACUUUGGAGCUUUCUAUCUCUGGGGGAUACCAAUUGCAAUAUCGUUAGCUUACUGGGUUCAUCUGAAAGGUGUUGGCCUUUGGAUCGGCAUACAAGCGGGUGCCGUUCUGCAAACUCUUCUGCUGGCUCUUGUCACUGGCUGCACAAACUGGGAAAACCAGGCCCGUGAAUCGAGGAUGAGAAUGAAUGUGGCGUAAUAUUAGGCGCAGCUAAACAACACUUACCAAUUCAGAGCUUCGCAUCUAAAGAUUACAGACACGCAUGUUCCUCUCCGGUUUUACCAUUUUUAGUAGCAGCACAAAUCGAUGUAUGUUACCGUUGGACUAGUCAAAGCCGUAAAUAAUCGGUCUUCUGUGUAACCAAAUCAUACUAUAUGAUUUUAGACAGUAAUAAGAAGCAGCCCUCAGCAGUCGGUUGUUUCGAUGAAGCU